AUGACUCGCCUCGACACCCUCCCCCCCGAACUCCUCUUCCACAUCCUCACCUACACGGACCCACCGUUCUGCCUCACGCUGCGCACAUACCCGCUCAACGCGCUCGCCGCCACAAACCGCCAGCUGAAUGCCGUAGUCGAGGAGUACGCGCGGAACCUGCUGAAACGGCAUGCGGGCAUCGAGAUACCGAGGAAUGCGCGGGUGACUAGUUGUCGGCGCAUGUGGGUGGGUGAGAUAUGCUGGUUUUGCAAGAGGAAGAGUAGGAGGAAGGCGUGUUUUGGGCGGGGGAUGACGUGUUGUUUGGGGUGUGAUCGGAGGGAGUUUGAGAAGAUGACUAUGACGCAAGCGACACAACAAACUCAUCUUUCCAAAUUCGAUCUUUUUACACCGUCGCCUUUACAUCCGAAUCUUCCUCCGCUGGCGACAGGAUCGUAUCCCGUCAUGGGCGAUGUUGCCACGAUGAUUUCGACACCUGAUGUCCUUGCGCGCAGUGCGCAUAUUCGGUCGAUGCUUGGGGAAAAGGCACAUGACGAGACAUUUAUGCGCAGGCGAGCUGCAGCACAUGUGCGCAUCAUGAAGCAUAUGAAUAUAGACUAUCAUCAGGGUAAGGGGUGGCUGGCUUACAGGGAGAUGUCCAAGAAGGGGCCCAAGAGUAUGCAGACAGAGGAGGGCAGAAGAAAGUACAUCGAGGAAGGAUUGAAGAAGGAGUGGGAGGCGCUUGGGGUCGAGCCCUGUCAACAUGUCCUAGCGAGGGUAAAUGGGCAGUUGAUGAGGUGGGUGAAGUACGCUGUUCCACCUGAGGCAAAUGGUCGGGGUGAAUCGCGAGAGGCGCCGAUUGAGAUUGAGUCACUCAGUGAGACUGGAUUACUCGACUUGUAG